AUGGAGCACUACGAUCGCGAGUCAGCCCUAAGAGCACGUCGCAACCAGUUCAUACGCGAGAAAAUGUUCGGCGAGGCCAUGAUGGAGGAUUCUGUCAUAUUUCGAGAUGCUAACGUCUUGAAUAUAUUCUGCGGCGAUGGUGGAAUUGCCAUGCUUGCGAUCAAAGCCGGCGCCCGCCACGUGGUGGCCAUAGAUACGCUCAUGAAUGCGAAUGCAGCUCGUCGCAUUGUUCGCAGAAGCGGAAUGUCCCAUCGCAUUACCGUAUUUGGUGUGGAUGUGCGCAACAUGCAGUGGUCGGGCUUCCAGUUUGACAUACUACUUUGCGCCUGGAUGGACGACAUGGGUGUGUUUCAGGGCAAGCUCGCCGACCUGAUUGUGGCACGUGAUCGCUUUCUUCGCAUAGGCGGCAUCAUCUAUCCCUACAUGUUGCGCGUCUCAAUUGGCGGCAUGGAGGACAGCGAAUACUGGGAGGCCACCCGCAAAUUGACUAGGGCCACAACGACAACUAGGCACUUGCAGCAGAUCGAGAUGAAGCGCCCAGUGCUGGGCCACCUGAAGCUUGAUCACGUUGUCACGUCUUUCAGGGAGAUCCUCCUGUAUGACUUGACCAAUAUCACCUUGGCCGAUCUUAAUCGCGAUAAAUCCUUCACCCUAAUGGCAGGCAGAGAUGCACCCAUACACUCCCUCUUCACGAUCUUUCAGUCAGUGGUGAUGCGCCCAACUGGACCGGUUUGCCUUACCCACUCGCACUUUACACCCAACCAUCGUCACACCAUUUUCUAUCUGGAUGUGCAGGUGAACGCCUGCGAGGGAUCCAUCAUCAUUGGCAAAAUCACGCAGCGCUACAAUGAGCGCACACCUCUCCAGAAACUGCAGUUCACCAUCGAGUACCAAGGACGCAAUGGAAGUUACUCUGGAGGCGGCAUUUACCACGUUCGCUAG